AUGGGGGCAGGGAGGAGAGGCAGCGUGGGGGCGGCGGCGCUGCUCUUGGUGCUGGUGGCUUCGUCAUUACUGGCCGUGGCGAGGGCGGCGGCGGUCGGCGGCGGCGUUGACGGUGGUGGUGGCGGCGGCGCAGGAGGUGAGGACGGGGAGAGGUUGCUGAGGCUGUGGACGGACGGAGGUGGAGAAGCUGGUGACCAGGAGGAUGAUGUCUUCAUGUGGGAUGAGGAGGAAGACGACGAUGAGGCGGAGGAGGGCCACAUCAUGGUGUGGGGGAACGGGAAGACCGAGCGGCCGGCGACGUGCAGGAACGUGGUGAACGUCGACACCUUCGGCGCCGCGGGGGACGGCGACGCCGACGACACCGAGGCGUUCCGCAAUGCGUGGAAGGCGGCAUGCUCGCUGGACAACGCGGUGUUCUUGGUGCCCGCCGGCCGCCGCUACAAGGUCGGCGCGAUCACCUUCAUGGGGCCGUGCAAGAACAAGAUGAUCAUCCAGAUCCAGGGGACGAUCGUGGCGCCGGAGGAGCCGUCGGAGUGGGACCCCCGGAGCCCGCGGCUGUGGCUGCUCUUCUCGGGGCUCGCCGGCGCCCGCAUCCAGGGCGGCGGCGUCAUCGACGGCUCCGGCUCCAAGUGGUGGGCCAACUCCUGCAAGAUCAACAAGUCCAACCCGUGCAAGCCUGCUCCCACGGCCGUGACGAUCGACUCGUCCCGGGGCGUGCGGGUGAAGGGCCUGCGCGUGCAGAACGCGCAGCAGAUGCACCUGACGGUGUACCGGUCCCGGAACGUGCGCCUUGCCGGGGUCCGCAUCGAGGCGCCGGAGGACAGCCCCAACACCGACGGCAUCCACGUCGCCGAGUCCACCGCCGUCACCAUCCAGAACUGCCGCAUCGGCACCGGCGACGACUGCAUCUCCAUCGUCAACGCCAGCUUCAACAUCCGGAUGAAGAACAUCGACUGCGGCCCGGGCCACGGCAUCAGCAUCGGGAGCCUGGGGAAGGACGGGACGUUCGCGGCGGUGGAGAACGUGGCGCUGGACACGGCGCGGAUCAGCCGGGCGCAGAACGGCGUGCGGAUCAAGACGUGGCAGGGCGGCGCCGGCUACGUCCGGAACGUGCGCUUCUCCAACGUGGCCGUCGACGACGUGGACCACCCCAUCGUCAUCGACCAGUUCUACUGCGAUGCCCGGGGCCCCUGCCGGAACAGCACCUCCGGCGUGGCAGUCACCAACGUGUUGUACCGCAACAUCAGCGGCACCUCCCGGCGCGCCGAGGCGAUCAGGUUCGCCUGCAGCGACGCCGCGCCCUGCACCGACAUCGUGCUCCGCGACAUCAACCUGCGCCGCAGCGACGGCGACGGGGGCGGCGAGGUGCAGACCGUCUGCAACUGCGCCAUCGGCUUCGACAACGGCCGCGUCAGCCCCGCCGCCGACUGCCUCCGCAGCAGCACCUGCGGCGGCGCUCCCGACCACCGCCCCGACGACGACGACGACGGCAAGGGCAAGCCCGUGGCCGGGACGAUGCCGGCGCCCAUCCUUCACACCGAGCUGUGACGAGCAGCUUGCUCGAACAUGCUCGCCGGUCAUGGCUCACCAGUGAUCAUCCUUCGCUGCUAAUGCUUGCUGAGAUCGACCAACCUACUAAGCAGGCCCUUUUGACACUGCAGUUUGUUAAUUAUACUACUAAAUUAGUGGCAGUAACCAUGC